UACACGCUCACUCAUCAGUCCUCACUCUCCACCCCUGACAGUCUUUCCACGGUGUCUAGUGUGCGCUCCAAAUGUUGGUGUGAAGUGAAGGCGUGAUCCAAAGAUUUUACGACCAAAAAAAAAAGCGUUGAAAUGAGUCCAAUGCGAACUCACGGAAGCUGCGUUAGUGUCUCCGUCCGCUCGCCGCCUGCUUCAUCAGCCUCCAGAUGCUCCCUCUCAAAUUCCUCUGCUUCUUCAGAUGAUGCAACUUGCGGGGCACCCAUCUGGAUGGGGAAAGGUCUCACUUGUGUUUGCUUCAAGCGAAAGGGAACUUACGAACGAAUUUUUUUCGAUUUGACACCCCAACAGCAGGAAGAAAGAUUGAGAAGGUUAAAACAACGGAUGAGGAUCUGUUUUGAUGGUUCCAAAGUAGAACAUCAGGAAGGUUUAAGGGCUCUAUGGCAUGCCACCUACCCCGGUCAGGAGCUGAUUAGUUUGGUAUCUGAUCAGUGGAAAGAUAUGGGGUGGCAGGGUAGAGAUCCAUCAACUGAUUUCAGGGGAGCUGGAUUCAUAUCUUUGGAGAACUUACUUUUCUUCGCCAAAACAUUUUCUACAUCAUUUCAACAACUGUUGAAGAAGGAAGGUGGUAAUAGAGCUACUUGGGAGUAUCCGUUUGCGGUUGGUGGUGUAAAUAUAACUUUCAUGCUUAUGCAGAUGCUUGAUCUGGACUCCUUAAAACCCAGAACAUUUGUGAGACCUGUUUUCCUACAAAUGUUGUCAGAAAAUGAAUGGGCCUUUGACCUACUUUACUGCGUGGCAUUUGUGGUUAUGGAUAAACAGUGGUUGGAAAGGAAUGCAACGUACAUGGAAUUCAAUGAUGUCUUGAGAACCACCCGGUCUCAGUUGGAAAAAGAACUUUUAAUGGAUGAUGUUCUCCGAAUUGAGGACAUGCCUUCAUACAGCCUUCUUUCUUGAUAUGUAACCAACAUGAAGUUUUGGAAAAUUUGGGUCUGAGUUCUGAUCUAUUUGAAUAGGUUCAGCUCCA